ACUGUAUAUUACGGGUAAGCAAGUCAAGGUAAGCGUGCACAGUAUUACUAUGGCGCACAAUGGCAGAAGACUUUGAAAUCAAUGAUCAGAGUUAAUACGAGGGGAGAAGAAGGAAGUGGUGAAAGUUCAAAAUUGACAUUCACUGUUGGAAAUCCGUAUCCAGAGGAAGUAGGCCACCGGCCCAUUAUACCACAUAUAUAUCUAUUCGACUUCUAUUCAAGAUGUAAUACGACCUUUGCGACCUUGAAUUUUGUCGGUACCGAACCAGGAAGACAAAAGAAACUGACGACCAGCAAAGUGGACAGAUUGACAUCGAAACUACCGUAGAUCAUGACGUCAAGCAGAAAGGAUGACAUGACGUCAACACAGCACUUGAAGGCGUUAAGUGGAGGAGAACGGGCAUCACUGAACAGCGGGAACAAGACAAUGAGUUUCCAUGACAGGACCGUGUCAAGUAGCCAGAGCAGAACGACGUCGAGCAGAGAGGCUGUCAAUGGGAAUGACAAGAUUUGCAUGUCGAGUGGUACACAUGCUACAACACAGGUUGAGACUGCCGAAACCCAUACAAAGGAAGAGCCUUUUCGGAAGAUGAAGUCUACACUCAAUCGCCUGAAGAAUAUUUUAAACGAAACCUUCACUGAAAAUGAAAAAGGACCAAGAAAGGGAUAUCCCCGAAAAGCAAUGCAAGAAAACAGUGAAAUACAGAGGUUAGUCGCCAAAGUCGACCAGUUAACGCAGUUAAUUAGGGAAAUGUCUGACCAGUCGGACAGAAAACGAGUAGAACUGGAGAGAGAAAAUGUCAUCCUGCAGAGGAAGCUUCAGGAAGCCAGUACUGCAGCAGCAACCUCUGAAAGAAACUGUGAGGACCUGGAGAAACGUGUACAAGAUUUGACAGAGGAACUGAUGGUCUAUCGAAAGGAGACAUCUCUUGACAACCUUAAUAUGCAUGUUUUUCUUAGAAGGGGUGCGUCCCUUGAUGACCUUGGGAACAAUGAUCCAUGCUGUGACUGUCCCUGCCGGAGGUGGAAAUCAACAACCACUAUUGCUACCCGAGACACUGGCUUCAGUGACACUAGUAUUGACAACCUUCAGAAGGAUGUUGGCGAAUUACGGGAAAAGAUUGAACAAUUAUUAGAAGCUUCCUCCGAAUGCCCCACACCAACAACCACGUGUCUAUCACUUCCGGCUCUAAUUAAAGGAUUUUGUGUCAACAUCGAGGACGCAGUCAGUUCAGAGUGGAGUCGAAUGAAAACCUUUUCUAGACAUCUUGGAUUGAAUCACUGCAGACUUCGUCAGUUAACUGAUGAACAUGACUACAGACUUGACCUGCCAAAUCUGUACUGGACUGUCAUCUACGAGUGGAACAGCAUGAACAGUACCCAGGCAAAUCGCGCCACCAUGUUGGACCAGCUCAUACAAGCAUGCGAUGGGUGUAGGGUAUCCAAUCCAUUAGACGUGCGCCCGAUGCCAACCGAAGACCGUUUGAUCAUUGAGAAGACCUACUCAUACCUGGUGGAACACCUCAUAGUCGAACCAGCUCUGGUCUAUCUACGGGACUCUCAGAAGUUCACCCCGAACAUAGUUCAGUAUGUGCAGAAUCCCCAGCCACGUCCAGACCAAGUCCAGAGGUUUGUUGAAGUCCUGCCCGUGUGUGGACACCAGGCUCUGGACAUCCUCGUGGACGCUCUGCGGAAAUCUGGACAAGUACACAUCGCAGACCAAAUUGUAACGUCCAACCCCCGAAGGUUCUGUAUGCGAUAUUCCUCCCCAGCUCCCGGUCGUUCACGUGAAGAGAUGGUUCUGUACGCAUCUCAUGAUACUGAUGGACCAAAGAAAAAGAAAAGCAUAUUCAAGUCGCCAUUCAACAGGUCGCCAUUCAAAAUCUUCCGAUCAAAGAAGAACAAAUAUGAUGUCAAUCCCUAAUGACAGGGUGUCGGACACUGGUGUGAUUCAUCAUCCCAGCAAGGGGGCUGUGGUGGUACACUUUGCUCUGUGAAGAUCACAUUUGAU